AUCCGAGAUGAAUGUGACAAAGUAAACAUGUAUCAGAAAGUAAAAAGACACCCGGGUGAACACGCCUCGUUGGUUUGUUGUUUGAUUCAAGAAUCAAGAUUCAAGACGAACAGUUAUACUUGAAAACUAAACCUGUGCAUUUCGUUUGAAUUUUUGUAUAAGCUCAUAUUUUUUCUGCAAACUUUUCAGAGCUUUUUUUGUGUUAAUUAAUUAAUCCAAUUUCGACGUUAGAAAAUCUGUUACUUUUAUUGUGAUUGAGUUAAAGUUGUAUUUAAAAUUUUAUUUUAAAUAAUAGUUGUAAUAUUAAGUAGAAUUUUUAAUGUAAAAAAAAAUAUUUGUAAAUUAUUCAAGUGGUUAAUAUUAUGUCUCGAUGGAUAUCAUGUGUAUUUAUAAUUGGCGUUUGGAUAAGUUCAUGUUGGAGCUUCAAUCGUGCUUUAACAACAGUUAAAACAUACGUUAAUAAAACUGUUAUUUUGCCAUGUCACGUAGAAAAUCUUGGUGUACCAAUGACAUUAAAGUGGUGGCGUGAUGAUGUCCAACUUGCUGAUAGUAAUGAUCCAAAUUUAAUUUCACCACCACGUAUUAGAAUGUGGGAUAAUAAUAUGAGCCUUGAAAUAUCACAAAUACAACCAGAAGAUUCUGGUCAAUAUGUUUGUCAAGCAUCAAGAUCAUCACUUGGGCAUAUUACUCAAGUACAUGCUAUUGAAGUUAUGUUUUCACCAAGUGUUCAUUCAGUACCAGAAGAUGGUGACUUGGAAGUUAAACUUGGUGACGAAGUUGAAAUGGCAUGCAUUGCAAAAGGAUUUCCAUAUCCAAGUUUAUCUUGGUACAUGAAGGGAGAAGAGAUGAAGUUACUUGAUGAAAGAUCAAAGUUAAAAUUUCGUGCUGACAAUCGUAGUAUGUCUGGUAAAUAUACUUGCAUUGCUGACAAUGGUAUUGGUGAACCAGCAUCAGCAACAAUUGAUCUUCGUAUAUUAUAUAAACCAGAAAUCGAAACGACUAAAACAUGGAUACAUGCAUCACCAGGUAUACGUGUACAAUUUGAUUGUAAUGUAACAUCAUCACCAGACUCAAAAGUAGAUUGGUAUUUUGAAAAUUCAAAAAUUAAUUAUACAAAUAGAAUAUUAAAAUUUACAAAUGAACAAAUGCAUAGUUUAAUAAUACGUAGUGUUAAAACAAUUGAUUAUGGAUAUUAUAUUUGUAAAGCUGUUAAUUCAAUUGGAUCUAGUGAAGCAAUUAUUGAGCUAUCUGGUAUAUCAUAUGCUCCAAUAUUUAAAACAUCAUUAGAGCUUAAUAAAAAUACAUAUAAUUUCAUUUGGGAAGUUGAUAGUUACAGUCCAAUUAUUGAAUAUCAAUUUUGGUUUAGAAAAUAUACGGCCAAAGAACGUGGACGUGACUGGCACAAGCUUUUCAUACCAAGUGGUAGUGAUGCAAUUGGACCUCUUCAUUCCAAAUCUUUUAAUCUAACUGGAUUAGCAACAGCAACAUUUUAUGAAGCUCUAAUUUUAUCAAGAAAUAAAUAUGGCUGGAGUAAACCAUCGAAAAUUCAAAGAUUUUCAACUGAAGGAGCACCUAUUUCGAAUAAAGAACAUGAACUCACGUACGAUGAAUCGGCACCAGUUGUUGUUAUUGGAGGACCAGCACUUCAACAAUGGUCUGUUGUUGUCAGUGGUGCAAGUUGUCAAACAAAUAUAAUCACGUCGAGCUUGAUAACAUUAUUAUUAAUUUGCCAAAUAAUGUAAAAAUAAAUUAAUUGUUUUUUAUCAUUUUGGUCAUUAUUAUUAGCUUUUUUUUUGGUUCUUUUAUUUGGUUUAUCAAAUAAUUGAUGAGAGUAAUUUAAUGAGAAUAAAAAAAAUAAUUUAAAGUUAAUAUUUUUAUGAUUAUUUAAAUAAUAAAAAUGAAAAAAUGUCAUUGGUACCAGUUGACAAUUAUUGUACAGUAGAUAAUAAGUAAUAUUGCUAAAAUUGAUUUAUAUUUUUAUUCUGAAAAAUAAAUAAAGAAAAAUUUAAAAGAAAAAAAAAAUAGAAAAUUUAGAUAUUUAUUUUAAAGAUAAUAUAAGAGAAACUUAAUCAAUUCUUGAAUGAAAAUUAAUGAUGAAAAUGUUAGCAGAAUAAUCAACCAGAUUUAAACGAAAAUAAUUCAGAAUUUAAAUUUAUAAUUAACUCAAUAGAUAAUGUCGAAAAAUGUUGAAUUAAUCGACACUUUUAUUCCAAGUAAAUUAAAUUAAAAAAUAAUUUAAAGAAAAAAAAAAAAAAACUAAUAAAUACAGAAGCACUGUUGAAGCACGAUCAAAUAUAAUUAGCAACUGAAUUUAAUUCAAAAACAUUUCACCCAGACUGAUAAGAAAAGCUGAAAAAAAAAAAAAAAAAAGAAAUUGUCUUUUGAAUUUUUUCAAUUGAUGAAAUUUUUCAAGAAUUAUUAUUAACUAACAUGAUAAUAAUAAUGAAAGUACAUUACAAUAUUAAUCAAGUCUCUGCUCAUUAGCAUAAAAAAAAAAAAUUAUAUAUUAUAAGGACAAUUAAUAGCAAUGUUAUAUUUUUGUUUUUUUUUUUGUCUUUAUUUUUUUUUAUUUACUUUUUUUAUUAUUUGCUUACGAAGAAGCCCGCUCCACUUGUAGUUCACUUUAUUUUUAUUAACUUGAUAUUAUCGGUGAAAUAAAAGUAAAUCGACUCAUUGUGACUAAUAUUAUGUGUAGCGCGUUAUCUAAUCAUCAGAUUGUUUUUUUUUAAUUAAGAUUAUUUAAUUUGUAUUUUUAUUUUAAGUGAAAAAUGUGUAAAAAGACAUUCCUCUUACGCGAUGUGACAACGAAGAGCAUUUUAGCUCGAAGAAAAAAGGGGAAAACAUACCCUCAAAUUCACGUAUUUAAUUAUUAAUUAUUAUUAUUAUUUUUUUUUUCAAUUUUAUGCAUCUUGAUUUUCUUUUCAUUGUUUUUUUUUUUUUUUGUAAAUUUGUUGCCUGUAUAUUUAUUGAGUUUUAAACUUGUUUGUUGUUUAUAUUUUAUUAUCAUUUAUAAUAAUAAUAAUCGCAUUUAGUUGUUGUUGUUUUAUUUGGGGAGUUUUUAUUAUUUUUUAAUGAUUAUUUAUUGGAAUAUAAUUAAUUCCUGUCGGUGGCACGAAGUUUUUCUUCAACAGCUUCUUCAGAUGCUUCAGACAAAUCAGUUGCUUGAAUGUACUUCUGAACGCCAACAAGUGAUUUUUUAAGUGCAUCAAAUGAUGAAGAAUACAACAUCUUCUUCUUGACCUUUGCUGUGUCAGGA